UGAAUGAAAAUUGCGAAAUUUUAUUCAAGACAUACGAGGAACAACCUUCCCGGAAAUGAUCAUGUUCGCGAUUUUCAUGACCGCUCCAUUCCAAACGAGCCACUCUUCUUCAUUUUCAGAUGGGAGUCUGAUGUUAAUUGUUGUUGAGAACUUGCUUAGGUACCUUGUAUACUUACAGGCAUAAGAUGGAGACAAUGACACUGACACUGACAGUGAGAAAAACGAUCCGGGCUAUGUAGAUAAGUCAGGGUGCGAAAUUCCAAUCUUCCUUUCUACCAUACUGUUACCAUCGUCGAAGCCACUCGUUGUAUACCAUCUUUAACAUGGAGACCUCUACCGUAACUCCAACAUGCCCUCAGUGCGGCUACCAUACCAACAACAACCUUCCGACUAUACCCUCUGAUACCCCCCGCUUCGCCGAACUCCUUCGAACAAAUGAGUGCCCCACCGAACAAGAAGAGAGCACAUUUCGAUCUUUCAUCGCCGAUGGGCAAUCGUCACUUAAUACCAUUGAUACCCGUAUUGCCUUGAUCAAACUCCUACUAGCCAAGCUCGAAAAUGACAGAGAGACGCUUAGUCUCGCGAUCGCACGGUACAAAGAGCCUCUCAACCCCAUCAGACGCACACCUGCAGAUGUGUUGAGACAGAUCUUCGUUCACGGUGCGGGGCACGAUAGAAGCGCUAGAGAGUGUCGUCGUUCGACUCCACACGCUUUAGACCUGGAGUCUCCGCCGUGGGUGUUCGGACGCGUGUGUCGUCGAUGGAAAGAUAUAACUGUUUACGAAAUGCCCUCCCUCUGGACACGAGUCAAGCUAAAGUUGAGGAAGAUAAAAAGCAAAGACUUACAUCAUCAGAUGGCCUUGCUCUCCCUUCUAUCAAUUUACCUCAAUCGUUCAAAGGCACUUCCUCUCACUGUAUUUCUCGAUAUGUCCGUACCCAAAUCAUCUUCUGUAUCCUUCCGGGCCUCUGAGCACGCCUCUGUUCUCAACAUCCUCCUUGCACACUCCCGGCGAUGGGUGUCACUUUUUCUUGUCGGAGGACAGGCAAUUGACAUGCUCGCGAUUUCGGAAGAUUCUCUCAUAUCCUUGGAGGAAGUUCACAUUCAGGAUGGCCCAAGUGGUAAUCCCCGCUCGCUUGAUAUCCAAGCCUCGGAAUUGAGAUCAUGGACAUCAGUGGGAACUACUUCGUCUCCCUUCAUUAGAGUAUUGCCACCGACUUCAGUGUGUCAACAAAUCACAGAGUAUUCCAUCUCAAAUGUGACGUAUACCGAAGUUUUGAAGGUCAUCCGGUUAUUUCCUCAUCUUCGUCAACUGUCUGUCCAGAAUCUCUCACCUGAGAAUGACUUACCAGGACCUGAACUUCCUGCUACUUGUCUCUCUCAGCUCCAAGCCCUUCACCUGAUACAGCUGAAUCUUUCUGCAUCGUCCGCCAAUGCUUUUAUAGCUCUUCUGGAUGUUAUUGUUUGCCCCGCCCUCACACAUCUGUUGGUAGAUGCAUGCGGAAAUAUCAGUGGUGCAAUUCAAAGGCUCAAAGAGCGAUCCAACUUUGAAUUACAGCAUCUCAUUGCCGCAGAGGAUGCAGAUGCUUUCGUAAAAGGUCUUUCAAACUGUCUUGAGCUCGAAGAAGUCGAAAUCAGAGGCGCCUACUUGUACAAGUCCAUCACCGAAGUACUGGCUCAUUUGAGCACAAUCACCACACCAACAAAAUUGAAUAACCCAUCACAAUUACCCCCAUUACCGAAUCUUCGCCGACUACAUUUCCAAUUGGGUGUCUUGCCCUUUGUUGAUGUAGUAGUGGAGAACCUGCAUGCUUGUGUUAUCUCUCGCUUGUUUUGUGCUCAGCAUACUACAGGCCUUAGGCAGCUGGAAAUAUGCAUAACGACACCUGAUGCUCAAGCGAGGAAAAUACUGGACUCUCCUCGAUUGAAAUAUCUUCAUUCGGUAGGAGUAAAAAUCGAGAUCAUAGGUAUAUGAAUUGUAUAUAAAUUGUUCUUUGGUUGGUGUACAUGAACUAUGUUGUACC